AUGGCGGACUUCACCCCGGAGCAGUUGGAGGCAUGUCUGCUGCAGCUUACGAACCCGGACACGGAGCAGAUCAAGCAGGCGGAGGUUGCACUUAAGGCCUACACCAAGCAGAUCGCGUCUGUAGGCGGUCUGCUCACGCAGUUGCAGCACUCGGCCAAGCCCGAAGUGCGUCAGCUUGCCGCUCUCAUGCUGCGCAAGAAGAUCUUCAAGCACUGGCCCAAGCUGGAUGCGGCUGCGCAGGCUCAGGCCAAGCAGGUGCUGCUCAGCCGCGCUGCCGAGGACCCCGUGCACGUGGUGCGCUCCACUGUGGCCACGCUCAUCGCUGCGUUGGCUUUGCACGAAGUGCCCGCUGGCAACUGGCCCGAGCUCAUGGUGUUCAUCAACACGUGCGCCAAUAGCGCCAGCGUUGACCAGCGUGAGAUGAGCAUGAAGCUGCUGCAGCUUCUGGGCGAGGGCAUGGGCACGUCGCUCCAGCCGCACUUUAACGACCUUAAGCAGCUGUACGCCAAGGCUCUUCAGGACCCCGAGAACCUCAAGGUCCGUGUGGGAGCCAUGCGCGCUGCCUGCAGCCUCGUCGAGUUCUUGGAGGAAGCUGACCUGCGUGGUUUCCGCGAGCUCGUGCCGCUUAUGAUCACUGUGCUGCAGCAGUGCGUGGCCAACGGCGCUGAAGCCGAGGCCGUCGAGUUCAUGGACGUGUUCUCGGAGAUCGCGUCGCACCCGUUCCCCAUUCUGGACCAGGCCUUCCCUCAGUUCAUUGAGCUGCUGUUGCAGAUCAUCCUGGCCGAGCAGCUUGAGGUGAGCACUCGCGCGUCCGCCAGCUACGCUAUCGGCGAGUUCAUCAAGAAGAAACCGAAGACUAUCGGCAAGAAGAACCUGGUGGCCAAGAUCUUCACCACUAUGUUGGACAUUGUGGCCGCUGACGAGGCCGUGUCCUGUGGCCUUAUCUCAAACCUGCUCGAGCGUGAAAGCAAGGAAGAAGGUGACGAUGACGAGGAUGACGAGUCCCCCGGCCACUUGGCCCAGCAGACGCUGGACUCGCUGGCCCUUAGCGUGCCAGCCAAGUACCUAAACCUCGUGGUUUUUGGCAUCUGCAACGAGUACAUCACAGCUCAGGACGCUCGUAAGCGUAAGGCUGGUGUGUUGGCCCUAGGUAUCCUGUCGGAGGGAUGCUGCGAGUUCAUGUGCCAGAACCUGAACGAGUUGCUGCCUGCCGUGUACCGCGUCGCUCAGGAUGCCGACCAGCACGUGCGUGAGGCCGCAUGCUUCGCUCUUGGCCAGUUCGCCGAGUUCCUGCAGCCUACGAUCACGGACCACUACACGGACAUUCUGCCUAUUGGUCUCACUCUGCUGGACGACGCGUCGAAGGUCAUCAAAGCCACUGCUUUGUACGUAUUGGACGAAAUCACGCAGAGCAUGGAGAGCGAGCAGGUGUUCCCGUACCUUGAGACGCUGGUGACAAAGCUCGUGGAUGUGUUGCGUACUGGCUCGCCGCAGCUGCAGAAGAUGGCUCUGGAUGCCGUUGGCUCUAUUGCCAUUGGUGCCAAGGACGCCUUCUUGCCGUACUUCCCGUCUGUGGCCGAGCUGAUUCAGCCGUUCUGGGGCAUCACGGACCCCAAGUUCUUCUUCCUACGUGGCGCGGCCAUCGAGUGCCUGGGCUACCUGGCUACGGCCCUGGGUAAGGAGCCUUUCCGUCCUUAUUUUGCGCCCUCGAUGCCGUUCGUGUUCUCUUCGUUCGAGCUGGACGACUCGGAGCUGAAGGAACAGGCGUUCGUGUACUUUAUUAACGUGUCGAGCAUCUUCAAGCAAGAGUUCGCCCCGUUCCUUGACCAGGCUGCCACUCACGUGCUCCAGGCUAUUGUCAGUGACGAGGGUCUCCGUGUUAUGGACGAUGAUGAGGACGUUCUGGGCGGUGUCGACUCGGACGAUGAGGAGGACGGAGACGACCACGUGCUGCGUCACAUUAGUAUCCGUACCGACGCGCUGAACUCCAAGGUGCGCGCUGUCGCCGCCGUGGAGGAGCUGGCUCUGAACUGCGGUGGCUCCGUGUUCGAACCGUACAUUCCCAAGUUCCUGGAGGCUCUGGCUCCGCUCACCGAGUACAUUCACGAGGACGUGCGUGGCGCUGUGGCUGAGGCUUUGGCUGCUCUUGUUAUCUGCUCGUUCGAAGCUUCGCACGCCUCCAGCGGUGACGCACAGGUGUGGACUAAGGGUGAUUUCAACAAGAACAUCUUGACGCCAAACAACGCUGUGAUCGCGUCGGCUGUGAUGAAGAGUUUGGUGGAGGAGCUACUGGAGGACCCUGAAGAGGUUGUCGUGGAGAAGGCCUUCAACGCUAUUAAGGCCAUGAGCGCUCGUGUGGGGCCCGUCGUGACGAUGGACCACAUGAACGAGCUGAUGCGCAUCACCAAGACUGUUCUUGCUCACGAGCACGUCUGUCAGACUAGCCACGAGGAAGAUGAGGAUGAAGAAGAAGAGGAGGGUGGCUCUGUGCUGGAGAGCGCAUCGGAGCUGAUCGGUGUGCUGGCCAAGUGCUACGGCGAGCACUUCUUGUCUGCGUUCCAGGAGCUGUUCCCUGCUCUGCUGGCGUUCGCCACUGGUCUGCGUGCUGUGCGUGACCGUGCCGCUGCAGUAGGCUGCUUCGCUGAGGUACUUCGCGAACUGGGCCCUGGCGCCCUGGGCUUCGUGGAGAGCGUGUUCCCGGUCGUUCUGCAGGGUCUUGCUUCCGACAACUACGUGCUGAAGGCCAACAGCGCCUUCUGCAUGGGUAUUCUUGCUGAGGUCAGUGGCGACAAGCUGACUAGCGCCUACGAACAGAUGCUGCAGGCUCUGCGACCGCUGUUUGAGACCUCGGGCAACGACGAAGUGGUGACGGACAACGCGUGCGCUGCUGUGGCUCGUAUGAUCAUCGCUGGCGGUGCCAACCUGCCUCUGGAGGCCGUGCUGCCCGUGUUCCUCGGCGCUCUGCCGCUGAAGGCUGACAUGGAUGAGAGCCCCGUGUGCUUCCGUUGUCUGAACGGCCUUGUGAGCUCGCAAAACCCGGUGGCGCUCAAUCUGAUGCCGCAGGUGCUUGACGUGUACGCCAAGGCCCUGGCCCCUACGUCCAGCGUAGAGGAGGAGACCCAGGCUGAGGUGAAGGUGUGUGUGCGUGGUUUGCUUCAGGCCUAUGAGGUCCAAAUGAAGGAAGUCAUUGCACAGAUGAGCCCGGACGCCCAGGCUGCUCUUAGCUCGGCCCUUAACUAA